UUGAGAAUAAAUUUAUAUUGUGUUUGGUUGAGGAUAUAAAUUUAUUCCUAAGGACCAGAUUCUUCAGCUUGACUGCCUGACUAAGUGAUCGACGUCAGCUGUUGUUAUAUAUAAUAAAGAAAAGAAAAUAGGCAUAGUAAUAAUUUAUUUAUCACUUUUAUUUAAUUGAAUACUUUUCUUACUGAACCUAUAAUUUCCAUUGUUAACAACUUGUUAUUAUAUUAAUUCUAAAUUAGUUAUAACAAUAUUGAACAACUUAAAUAAAAUAUAUACUUGAUCCGAAAUCAAUCAUACAACCCCGUUAAUUCAGAUUGGUGUUAUGACAAGAACUUUAUGCAUCGUUAAUUAUUUGUAUUCUACUAUACUAUAAAGGGGGAUAAGCUAACAGGUCGUCGACAUGCCAGCCUGGCAUUUUAAAAAAGGGAAUUGCAGUCCUCUUAUAUUUCAUAAAUAUUCACAGCGCAGCGCGUGGAUUUUUCAUACCUAUUACAUCACCGCUUAAUUCCUCUUUUCAUCCAAGACUAUCUCUACAGCAUCUCCAUUCUUCCACCCUCCUUUCUUGCAAUUCUCUCUCUUUUCAUCUUCUACUUCUCAGUUUUCUCUUCAGUGGUUCAGCUUCCGGCCGCAACAAAUAUUACAGGUAUAAAAGGACUUGAACUUCUAUAGCUGAUGGAUUCCAACAAACCAAACAACUAUUCAUAUGCAGAAAAACGGAAGGCUACAAGACAACUGAAACGACGCGAUACAUAUAGCCAAAUAUCUGCUCAUAGAAAGGGAGCAUUGCUGCUGUAUUACAUUGCGGAAGUAUUACAUUGCGGAAGAAUAUUCCAACAAUUAAUUAUAGUGGACGUGUAUAUCAAGCUUGAAACACAAAGACUAGACUUUUUCUCAUUUAAUUUAACAAUCUCCUAACAAUCUGAAAUCCCCCCUUUUUAUAGGAUUGUGAUUAGGGUUUUAGAUGGAAGAAGAAGAGGAGCGGGGUGUAGCGAGUGGGGGACAGAGCGUGGUGUGGGGAUGAGGAGGCGUGGAAGUGGGGUAGCGGCGGAAAGAGGAAAGAGGUAGGGUCGAGAGAGACUAGGGAGAUGAGGAGGCGGAAAGAAGGAGAAAGGAGAAACAGAGGCGGAAAAGAAGGAGAAAAGAGAGGCGGAAAAGAAAGAGAGAGAAUAGGUUUAGGGAAAAAGAAAAGAAAGCGAUGGGCCGGGUCGGAUAUUUUUUGUUUUGGGCUGGACCGGUCGGGUAGUUUUUUUUAGGUAAUGGACUGGGUUGAAAAUUUAGGCAAAUGGGCUGAUUUGGGCUGGUCUGUUUAGAAUUUUAGUUGGGUUUUAAAAUGUGGGUUGGGUAUUUAAAUGUGGGUCAUUUAUUUGGGUAGGGAAAUAAUAUUGUAUCUGUAUUUUGGGCCAUUAAUUUGGCUGAAAAUUGUUGAUCCUUCCUCCGCUAUUUAAUUAUUUUUGAGAUUCUAAUUUAAUAACUGAUAUAAUAUAUAUUAUGUAAAGACAAUAAAUAAUAAACAUUUAGCAAAGUGUUGUCCUGUAAUUAAUUUAACGAGCCCAAACUCGAAAAAAUGAAAUGAUGACGAAUCAUCUAAAAUUUGUAGUAAAGUGAUACUUGUAAUGUCAAAAAUAAAAGUAAUGAUAUUAGUAGUAAUGGCAAUAAAAUAUUAUAAAAAAAAUAAAGUAUUUAGCUCGUCAGUAAAUUUAGAAAUCCGAGUAAGCUAAAAUAAAAGAGAGACAAAAUUGGGUGUGACUUAGACAUAAAUAAUGAUAGAGUAGUCAAAUACCCUUCUUAAUUUGUAGGAAUAUUUCUUAAGGGGCAUGUAAAAUACAAAAGAGACAAAUAAUUUGAGACAGAAGAAAGGAAAAAGUAAAACGGGCUUACGAGACUCUUGAUUUCCAUCAAUCCUAGAUUAGGAGGUUAUGCAAUAUGAGAAUCCACUUCAAUCACUUUUUUAGUAGGUCCAAUGCGAUGCAUAUAUAUUUAAAUCAGUCACGUAAGUAAAUUUUGGAUAUUAAAUGGUUAUAAAAAAACAAAAAAAAAUCAGUUCAAUUAAAAAGUUAUAUAAUUAUUAUAGAAAUCAAAAGAAAAGAAAAAUACGCAAACCAUGUGGAAUGCCUACGUAUUUAUUUCGUAAAGAAGAGAAAGAAUAAAAGAGGACCAGAGUACAAUAAUAUUCCUUCCAAAAUUCAGAGAGCAAAGAAGUAUGCAACCAUGUGGAUGCCUCGAUGUUAUCUGUUUAGACUAAGCACAAAGAUUCGAGUGCCAAAAAUACAGGGGAAGCCUUCUUUUCUGGCAGCAUACCCGGCCUUUAAUUAGUGUCCUUAGUGGGAAAUUGUACGUGAACAAUAACCAUAUUUUAAGGUGGAUAGUUCAUCUGAAUGGGGUUAGCUAGGAAUCCUGAUAUGAGAAGUGGGGAUUCCUUAGAAGGAUUGGGAAAAACUAACAUGAGGCAACAAAAGGGUGGUUCUUCAAGGCUUGUAACUGUGUUAACUUGUUUACAAUUCACAUUUGCUGUUUAUGCUACAUUUCUUCUGUAUUACAUGAGCCCUUCUAUAGAUUUAAGGUCUAAACCAGACUUCAGUUGGACUACAAGAAUUGCUCAGCAAUGGACGCAAUUCAUAAUCCCUCCCCAUGUUGUUAGUCAUCAUAAUCAGGAAGCUAAUUCAGUUGUUAGAGCUGUCAAAACUCAACCAAUUAGUCCCUCUCAAGUUUGUGAGCAUGAGAAGAUUGAUUUUGUACAGAAGAAGUCGAACGAUGCUAUCAUGAUCAAGUUAAAGACAGAGCUUUAUCAAGAAGUGUUAGGUUAUCAAAGCAAGUUUCUUGGUGCUGAGACUCUUUCUGAGCUAAUGAAAAUGAAGUCCAAAUGGGAUUUGCACGGUCCAAACAAGCCAAAAAUCACAGUGAUUUUGAACCAUUUCAAGAGGAAAACACUUUGUGCUCAGCUUGAUUCUUUGCUUAACCAGACCCUCCCAUUUCAUCAUGUCUGGGUACUUUCAUUUGGAAGUCCAAAUGAGAACUCCUUAAAAAGAAUUGUGCAUAGAUAUAAUGACUCGAGAAUAAGCUUUAUAAGUUCAAGUUAUGAUUUCAAGUACUAUGGAAGGUUCCAAUUGGCUUUACAAACAGAAGCUGACCUUAUAUAUAUCGUUGAUGAUGACAUGAUCCCGGGGAAAAAGAUGCUGCAAAUGUUAGCACAUGUUGCAGGCACAGACAAGUACAAGAAUUCUGUUUUGGGCAGCAUUGGUAGGAUUUUGCCUUUUAGACAGAAGGAUUCUAGUUUUCCGAGCUACAGGAAGUUUCGAUCCAAGGAAGCAGGUCUUUAUUUGCCCGAUCCUGCUUAUAAUAUUACGGUGGACAAAAUUGUUCAGGUGGAUUUCCUCUCUAGUUCUUGGUUUAUGUCUGCUGAACUUGUGAAGACACUUUUUAUUGAGACGCCGUUCACUUUCAUGACAGGCGAAGACCUGCACUUAAGCUAUCAGCUUCAGAAGUACAGAAAUGCUGGUUCAUUUGUACUACCAGUUGAUCCAAAUGAUAAAGACACUUGGGGUGACAGUGAGCAUAGGUUAGCUUAUGUAUCCGAAACAACUGUAAUUUUCAAGGACGUUGUUCAGGUCCGAGAUGAUCAAUGGUGGAGGGCGCUCUCUACUGGCUACGUGACACAAUGGGCAGCGAUGUAUCCUCAAAAGAUCGAUGCACUCUUCUAUGCCCACUCUGUCGAUGAAGUUAAAGCUCUUGCACCUCUUCUGCUAAAGUUCAGUUCAACUAAUGGAAAAAAGGCCUAUAUCGUUGUCUCGGGAGGAAACUUUUGCCCUUGUGAAGACGCUGCUGCAGCUUUGAAGUGGAAUAAGGCGUUAUGCAAAGAAAGAAGAUUUAAGAUUAUGGAUUUAAGAGUUGGUGCUUUAUCAGGAAAUUCAAAUUCAGAAAUUCCUAUUGUUCAAGCAGUUUAUGCUAGCAUGAAAGGACUUAUCAAAAUUCACAAUCCUAGCCUUGUGAUCACAGUAGCCGACGCAGACUCUAGCGUGAAGAAAGCUCUGAAAAUGGCUACUGAAGCUAACACAAACAGUUCAACACUCGUUCUACUACCUAGGUCAUCAGUGUCAAAGGUUCUAUGGAUGGCUGAUAUUCGUUCCACAGCGUUGCCAAAUUGGAACCGGAUGAGGAUUCAUGUGAAUAUCAUCACACAGAACAGAGCUAAUUCACUUGCAAGGCUUCUCAAAUCUCUAGGUGAUGCAUACUACGUCGGUGAAGAAGUUCCUAUAACUUUCAAUAUGGAUACUAAGGUGGAUGAGGCAACUAUAAAGCUUGUCAACUCAUUUAAUUGGCCUCAUGGACCCAAAGUUCUUCGAAGGAGAAUCAUUCAAGGUGGCCUAAUUCGAGCAGUUAGUGAGAGUUGGUACCCCUCCUCGGACGAUGAUUUUGGCCUCUUGCUUGAAGAUGACAUUGAAGUUUCCCCAUACUAUUACCUCUGGAUCAAAUAUGCUCUAUUGUCCUAUCACUAUGACCCUGAAAUAUUGCUUCCUGAGCUUUCUUCGAUCUCUCUUUACACUCCACGGUUAGUGGAAGUGGUAAAAGAAAGGCCUAAAUGGAAUGCAACAGAUUUCUUCAAGCACAUUCAUCCAAACACACCUUAUCUCCACCAGUUGCCUUGCAGUUGGGGUGCAGUUUUCUUUCCAAAGCAUUGGCGGGAAUUCUACGUUUACAUGAACAUGAGAUUCACAGAAGACCCGAAGCAAAAUCCCGUUCAAAUCCCUGGAUCAAGAACAAAUGGUUGGCAAGCAUCCUGGAAGAAGUUUUUGAUAGACAUGAUGUACUUAAGAGGGUACGUUUCACUUUAUCCGAACUUUCCAAAUCAAACAAGCUUUUCGACCAAUCAUAUGGAACCAGGAGCACAUAUUGCUGCUAAAGAAAAUGUGAUUAAGCAUAACACGGCUGAUUUUGAGGUUCCAUUGCUAAAAGAAGACUUCAAAAACUUUCUGCCUAAUGGGAAAAUGCCUGCAGCUCCAAAAUUGCCUUCAUUAAACCUCUUCAACCAGCCUGUUUCUCUGAAGGGAUUAAAGGCAGCUGGUGCAAAACUGGGACAGGAUACUCUUAAAUGCAAUCAAACAGAGAUUGUAGCUGUUAACCAUGAGACAGGUGUACCAUCACAUUGUGCAAGAUUCUGAAAACUCCACACUAGUCCAAUUCAUAAUUCUUUUUUUCAUUGACAGAAGGUUUAUUCGCUAAUUUUUUCGGAUUACAUCACUUGGUGGAAGUGAUAAUGAGGAAUUGGGGUGAGCACAAGCUGAAACACUGAUUUAUUCAUCCUUAUUCCACAUUCAAGGAAGGGGAUGAAGCAUUUCUUGAUGACAGAACUGAAAGUUGUAUAUUAUUGUAGCAGCCAAAAAGUGGCUAUUUGUAUCUUCCUCUUCUGCCCAAGUUUUGCAUUUUCAAUAAAAGAAACAACAAGGAAUGCCUCAUAAAUUUUAGCAUUGCUUUUGAAGUUGAACUCCGUGGGUCAAGAAAGAGUGAGAACAAGAAAUAGGGAAAGGGGAUUACAAUGUCAUAAUAAGAUCAAUAAAAAUUCGAAUUUUCAAGUUGAAUCUAUCAAAGCCUGCAGAGUUAUUUGGUACCUAUGCUCGUGAGAGGUAGAGGUAUCCGAUGAAAUUAAAAGUGUACGCAAACUGACCGGAUACCAUCGUCAUAAAACAAAAAUUCUAGUAGGACCAAGCAGUGGCGGAACCAGGAUUUUCACUAAGGGGAUUCAAAAUAAGAAAAAGUAAACACCCGAAGAAGUCAAAGAGGGCUCACCGUCUACUAUAUAUACAUAAAAAAUAAUUUUAAUAAUGUAUAAACAGUGUAAUUUUUCACCGAAAUGGAUUCGGAUGAACCCUUGACCCUUCUUCCCUCAGGCCCUGGGACCAAGA